AUGGAUGAAACAUUAACUGAUGAAGAAAAAGCAUCAAUUGCACGACGUUUUAUUACUCAUGCACCACCGGGUGAAUUUAAUGAAGUUUUUAAUGAUGUACGAACGCUUCUAAAUGAUGAUUCAUUAGUUCGACGAUCGAUUUCACAAGCUUUUAGUGAAUAUAAUCGAGAUCAAUAUAUUCCAACGAAGAUUCAAAAUUCCGAAUACAAAUGUCUUAUAACCGAUGGCAAUGAUUUAGGUGAUGGUCGAUUUUAUGAUCCACGUACAAGACAAACUUUUAAAUUUGAUCAUUUACGUCGUGAAUCAUCUGAUUAUGAACAUUAUCAACCAGAUGAAAAAUCUGAAACAUGGCGUUUAGCAUUAGAAAAACAACUUACAGAUUAUAUUAAAGAACAUUAUACAUAUGGUUCUUGUAUAGUUAUUGGUGAAAGUGAUGCAGAUACAAUUACAUUAUCAACUUUUAUUGAAAGUCAUAAAUUUGAACCAAAAAAUUUUUGGAAUGGACGUUGGCGAUCAAAUUGGUCAUUAACUUUUAGUAAAGGUCAAUUUACAUGUGAACUAAUUGGACAUGUAAAAGUUCAAAUACAUUAUUUUGAAGAUGGUAAUGUUCAAUUAGUUAGUAAUAAAAAUAUUACAGAAAUCAUUCAACUUCAAGAUGAAAUAAUAACAGCAAAAGAAAUUAUUCGAAUUAUACGUCAAGCAGAAAAUAAUUAUCAACAAGCUGUUAAUGAAAAUUAUCAACUUAUGUCUGAUUCAACAUUUAAAGCAUUACGUCGUCAAUUACCAAUAACAAAAGCUAAAAUUGAUUGGACUAAAAUUACAGCAUAUAAAAUUGGAUCUGAACUUAAAAAUGCUUAA